AUGUGUAGGCAUUGGCAAACAGUAGGGAAAAAGGAAGGGGAGAAUCUGAUGAUGAACAACAACGAAAUUGGAGAGAUGGAAAUAGAAAUAUGGCUGAAUCGAUUACCUGAUGCGUGCGUGAUGCAUUUACAUGCGGCAAUAGAAGCGAAUAGGAGGCUGCGGUCGAAAGGAAGUAUUAACAGGGAAGCUACAACAACAUUACAUAGGGAUAUGGAAGCUACGAUCCAGGAGGUGCAGGAUCUUAAAUGUGCUUGGAGAAGAUCUGCGGGAGAUGAAGCAAGAGGAUUUUACCAUCAAUUUCAUAAUUUGAGACAAGCAGUCAAACAUAGUUCUCUACGAACCAAUCUCAAACUAUUGUGCAAUGGAUUGAUAACAACUAUCAUUAAGCCUCUCACAACUAUAAUACAAGACUAAAUAUUGAUGAUAUGGAUAUGUGUCAUGUUGUUAUGGGCAUUAUAGAAGCAUAUUGGGAAUAUCAUCCCAAAACCAAGGGAUACAACUUCCAAUUCUGCAUAAGUGAACAUGAUGUGUUGUUUUUUUCUUGCAUUUUGGUUUUUUGUUGGUGCCAAAAGACCAAAAACAAGCGUUCUCUUAAUAUCAUAGUAAAUGUAAUUUCGUUUUAUAUUUUAUUUUGUUAAAUUAUGGAUAAU